CAGAAAGUUAUCAUGUCGUUAUUUCAUACGUUAUGCAUCCCGAUACCUUUAUCAAAAUAAAUCUGAAGAUAUCGAAAUGUGCUGUGCGGACCUUUCGUUUCACGGGAGGCGUUACCAUGGUUUGCCCAGGGGAAUGGGUUAAUCUGGGGCAGGUACAUGAGGCGGAGUCGGAGGGGAGGUGGCUGGGACUUUCUCCCCAGUGGUGCUGAGCGCAGUGUUAGUUGGAGCAGUCCCCAUUCAGGAGCUGACGAGCCAUGAGUUCGCUCAGAGUUCCUGGGAGGAAGCUGGUGUACCACCCUGACCACAUUCUGCAGCCAAGCGCUCACGUACCAGAUCUUGAGACGUACACACGGCUGUAUAAGCAAUCUGUCGAAAACCCAGAAGAAUUCUGGGGUGAGCUUGCUAAAGGGUUUUAUUGGAAGAGCCCUCCGAAAGGAACAAUUCUGGAUUAUAAUUUUGAUGUUUCAAAAGGAAAUGUGUAUGUGAAAUUCAUGCAAGGAGCAACAACAAACAUCUGCUACAACCUGCUGGAUAGAAACAUACAAGAAAAUGGUCAGGGAGAUAAAAUAGCUUAUUUCUGGGAAGGAAAUGAACCCCAUGUCUGCUCCGCCAUCACCUACUCUCAGCUUUUAAAGCAAGUCUGCAAGUUUGCCAAUGUUCUACGGACUUUAGGGGUGAAGAAAGGUGACAGAGUUGCCAUAUAUUUACCAGUGAUCCCAGAGCUGAUAUAUGCAAUGCUGGCAUGUGCAAGGAUAGGAGUGGUGCACUCAGUGGUGUUUGCAGGUUUCUCAGCUGAAUCUCUGUGUGAGCGAAUAUUAGAUUCACAAUGUGUAUUACUGGUUACUGCAGAUGGUUUCUACAGAGGAGAAAAGUUGGUAAACCUAAAGCAGAUCGCAGAUGAUGCCUUGGAGAAGUGCAAAGACAAAGAAAACUUUAUUCUGAAAAAGUGCAUUGUGGUACAACACCUUGGUGAUAAAGUGAGAAACAACCAUGAACAGGAUAGCUGUAACAUCCUACAGUUAUUCUGGAACUGUGAAACAGAUAUAUGCUGGGAUGCACUAAUGAAAGAUGUGAGUGAGCAUUGCGAACCAGAAUGGGUUGAUGCUGAACAUCCACUCUUCAUCCUCUACACAAGCGGAUCAACAGGAAAACCCAAGGGUGUACUGCACACUGUUGCAGGCUAUUUAAUUUACACUGCGGUCAGUUUUAAAUAUGUCUUUGAUUACCAUGACGAUGAUGUCUACUGGUGCACAGCCGAUAUUGGAUGGAUUACUGGACACUCCUAUGUUAUCUAUGGUCCACUGGCAAAUGGUGCGACAUGUGUUCUUUUUGAAGGUCUCUUACUCUAUCCACACGUCGGGAGGCUGUAUGAAAUGAUUGAAAAGUAUAAAGUGACAAAGCUUUACACAGCGCCCACAGUGAUUAGGAUGCUGAUGAAGUUUGGAGAGGAACCAGUGAGAAAGUUUGAUCUCAAGUCUUUGAGGAUCCUAGGCUGUGCUGGAGAGCCCAUUAACCCGGAGGCUUGGACAUGGUAUCAUCGUGUCAUUGGUAAUGGCAAGUGUCCAAUUGUGGAUACCUUCUGGCAGACUGAAACGGGUGGCCCAAUGAUGACUCCUUUGCCUGCUGCUACACCAUUGAAGCCAGGAUCAACUACAUUUCCAUUCUUUGGGGUUCUCCCUGCAAUUCUCAAUGAACACGGUGAGGAACUGGAGGGAGAAGCUGAGGGUUACCUGGUAUUCAAACAGCCUUGGCCAUCCAUACUGCGCACUGUAUAUGGAGACAAGGAACGCUUUGAGACAACUUACUUCAAACAGUUCCCAGGAUUUUACUUGACGGGAGACAGUUGCAGACGUGAUGGAGAUGGCUAUUACUGGAUCACUGGAAGGAUAGAUGACAUGCUGAAUGUCUCAGGUCACCUGCUGAGCAGUGCAGAGGUGGAGUCCGCCCUGGCAGAGCACAGUGCCGUCGCAGAGGUUGCUGUGGUGAGCCACCCCCACCCUGUGAAGGGCGAGUGCAUCUACUGUUUUGUCACUCUCAAGGAUGGAAGAGAAUUGACUCAAUUCAUUACAGAUGAACUGAAAAGCAAAGUACGACAAAAGAUUGGACCGAUAGCAACGCCUGACUUCAUACAAAAUGCGCCUGGGCUCCCAAAGACCCGUUCAGGUAAAAUAAUGAGGCGCAUCCUGAGGCGUAUUGCUUGCAAUGAGAAAGACUUGGGGGAUACUUCCACUCUCAUAGACCCAAGCGUGGUGGAAGUCCUGUUCAGCCAACGGUGUCAAGCAGCUGCUUGAAAUAUGAUAAUGAAGGGUCAUUUCUGAUCAAUUCCAACACACAGUGGGCCAGUAAUUGCAACUGCAAAGAUAUUCUAGCUUUUUAACGAAAACAAAAAUCAAAUACUUAGUAACCUGUCUCUUUAAGCAAUGUCUUUGUACAAACUUUCACAACAUCUAAUCGCAUCUGAAAUAAUCCCAUGGUUUUAAUCCAUCUCUGAUGGAGUUGGAAGUCUAUUGCACAUAUUGAUCUUUGUAUGAAGGAGACCCUGUUAUCAAUCCUCACAUUACCUUUCUCAGAGUUAAAAUUAUGUCCCUGGUUUUUAUUGACAUAAUUCAAACCUGUAUUCUGCAUUGACUUUUUCAGUAGUUUGAUCAAGCAUAGUGAUUUUCCUAAAUUAAUCUCUCAGAACUUUCCUUUCCAGAUUAAAAAGACUCAUGGAACUGCAGUUUCUCAGCAUCACAGAGUGAUAUUGGGGAGCAGCAUCCAUUCUGUAUUUUGCAGUGACUCCAUUGUUUUAAUGACCCUUCAGUUUCUCACUGAUCAUCAUAUUUACAUUGAGGCCACUAAUGUUACUGAGAAGAGCAUUACUUGGGAAGGUGUGCUUCUCAUCUUGUCCUUGAGAGAAUUUGCACUCAUCUUCCGUCUGUUUGAAUCUUUUAUGGUUUUCCCCUCUUUUUGACUGCUUUCCCACUGCAGGAUUUGUGCAGAUCACGUUAGCUCUAUGUUUCUCUUUUCAAUUGCUAAUGAAAUGGGAGUCUAAUGGGAGUCGAUGGCCCAGUGGACUGUUAAUCCAGAGGCCCAGAUAACAUUCUGGGGACCCAGUUUUGAAUCUUGCCACAGCAGAUGGGGA